AGAUCUCAAGAGCUGUGGAGGAGGACGGAGGGAGAUCUUCUGCUGCCCCCCCCUGCAAGCAGCCUAGCCAGCCUCCACCUUCGCGCGACUGGUGGGAUCGGACAUCAAGUCGUCAUCUCGAUGAUCGAUCAUCGACCUACUACCCUCACCCAUGACCUCGAUGCCAUCCACUUACUCAGAAUUGACACAAGUAUGAGAGGUAAAGGUUUAUCACUCAAAGACGCAUCGGGGCUUCCUCAGGGUAUUCUCGACAAGUUCAGUUCAGGCGCUCAAGGAUGUAUCAGGAAGCUACAGGCCCAUCGUGCUGUUACCAACAUCGACUGCGGUCAUUUGCAAACUGCUGCAGUGCUCGUAGCGUUAUAUGAGACGGCUGAAAAGGAUGGACUUCGUGUUUUGCUGACUACCCGGGCCACGACGCUGAGGAGUCACCCAGGUCAGACAGCUCUUCCCGGUGGUAAAGUCGACAAGACGGACGUCGACGCAGACUAUGCAGCCAGACGAGAAGCCUACGAAGAGGUCGGACUCCCGCUCGGCUAUCAUCCUGACCUGCACAAGAUGACCGAGCUCGAACCUUUUCUCUCCAAAUACAAACUCGUCGUGUUCCCCGUCGUCUACUUGAUCUCGAACCCUGCUCUGCUGGAAAGCCUCGUGCCUAGUCCUGACGAGGUCGGGGCGAUCUUUGACAUUCCGCUCGAAUACUGUCUGACGGCCGUAUGGCCCGGCGAUCGAAGCCUGCUCAGCAAAAAGGGAAGCGAUGACUGGCCUUACGAAGAUGAUUAUUACGCGCGGACUGAUGUGAGCUGGAUGAUCGAUGGGGAAUAUGAAUACCGUAUGAACCGAUUACGGACAUCUAAGACGCCUUUGAAAGGUCUGACCAGCGAUGUCCUCAUCUCGGUCGCCGAGAUUGCCUUCGAAACUCCCAGCACGAUCCCCCGGUUCGCACCCAAACAACUCCCGUUCAAAGAGGCCAUUCAAAUGGCUGUCGAAGAGAGUAAGAGGGGGUCGGUUGGCGGCAAACCGGAAAGUCUGACGAGAGAGCUGUCCAAGACCCCUGAACCCGUUUCGGCCGCCAAAGGAGGAUCUGAACAAGUUCCAGAAGGCCCGGUGCCUGCCUUGUAGAUCACGCUUCGAAAUCAUGCAUAAAAGUGCUCCAAAGUUGUAUGGUAUAUUCAUCAGUGUCGUCAACGGUCUUCAUCAGCUCAACAAGGCCUCGACCUGACGCCAGACCGAUUGCGGCUUCUCGGGAGUCUCCGCGUCGAGCCCGUCCGCUGCACCUGCGUCUACCUCUUCACCGCCCAGAG